AUGGGAGGUGAAGACCUUCGAUAUGCUCUUAAUCGUAGCAAGGAAAAUUGGGACUCAAACAAUGUACUCCCUCUUGAGCCUGUUCGGGACUUGAGAAUGGAUGAGGUCUGUAAUGCAGCACAGCCCCGGGAAGCUGCAGACCCUAACAUCCAGGCCCAAUUGGACCUGUUAACCCAAUUAGUGAGGGACUUGACAACUUCCAAAUUAACAGAUAUUGAAAUAGAAAGGCAGAGAGGUUACCCAUUUUUGGAACGCAUUAAUCAACUGCACAUACCCGUUAAAUUCAAGAUGCCAACAUGGAACAUGUAUACUGGGCGAGAAGACCCAGUAUCCCACAUACACAACUUUGAGUUGCAAACUGACAUCCAGGGGGUUCGGGAUGAUUCUAGGUGCAGGAUCUUCCCACCCACCCUGUCAAAAACCGCCCAGCAAUGGUUUUUCAAGCUACAGCCAGGAUCAAUCAUGCCAUGGGAUGGUUUUUUCCGCAUAUUAUAUUCUCAGUUCUCCUCGGCAAUGCCCCUUCCAGCCGAGCCAAAUGAUUUGGUGGCCAUAAAACAAGGGAACAACGAGCCUUUAAAAGAAUACAUUCAACAUUUCAUGAGAAAACAAGUGCUGGGAACACCACCAAACCCUGUAGAAGGAAGUAAAAAUGGGGGCAAGAACGACAAACGCGAUAAUAGAGCUAGGGGUAACAGUCACCAGAAUGAUAAUAAGAAGCCUAAGACCACCGAGCAGCCAAAACUGCAAGAAUACGUGCCCAAAUUUACUACUUACACUAUCCUAAUGGAGUCCCGAGCAGAUGUUUUCAAUGUCACCGAGGCAGUAGUACCUUACAAGAGACCACCACCAUUAAGGAAAGACGCUAGUAGACGGGAUAUAAAUAAAUUUUUUCGGUUUCACAAUGACUACAGUCAUGAAAUCAAUGAGUGCAAUCACCUAAAAGAGGAAAUACAAUUCCUCAUUCGGUAG